AUGAAUAAUAGAGCUUGUGCUUUUGACUUUCUGGCUGAGAGAGAAAGGGAGAGAGGGAGAGAGAAAACGAUUCCGUUGAGCGUGGCUCUUGUGCACAUGUGUUUCGGAUGCGUUGGCAUCAUCGUGCAUGAAGACUCAAUUGGAACCACGGUGGGGCGAAAGGAAACAAUAGCACGUAGAAGCGUUCAGCUCAAGCUGAGAAAUAGGGAGGACAAGACUGUAGAGUUGCAGACCAGUCUUCUCACCAUGGCUCGUCGCUCGUCCAUGCUCUUGGUGGCUGUGUGCCUGGCCCUCUUCGGUCUUGCUGCCAUGUCUUUCGUCUCAGCAGCACCUGAGGCUGCACGAACUGAGACACACAAAGACCGAGCAGCACAAGCCGCGGCCAUCUCGGCUGCAGUGCUGACUGUGCCUGAGAUCGCGCAUGCUGGCAACUCGGGCUACGCAUUGCUGCAGCUUGGCUGGGCUAUUUUCAUCAUCUCCCUGGGUCCUGCUGUGCUCUUCUGGAUCUACUUCAACAAGCCGGAGCUGCUGUGA